AGGUGCCUCGUGACGUCACUGACUGCUGCGCACUUCCUCUAGAGUUCAGUGUAACGUUUUGUUUACAGCUACCGCUUCACCCGUUAUGAUAAAAUAGCAUGAAAAAACAGCCGUACAUCAGCUGAAAUGAUUAAGACGGAGAGGAUUUUGCACUUGAAGAGUUUCCGGGGGCGGAAGGUCCGUGUUGUCCGAGAACAUUAUUUGAGAGAGGAGGUUCCCUGCUACAGCGCCGUGUGUCAGGCAGGCUGUGUCAACGAUGGCAAGGUGCUGUCAGGAGAGCUGACCCACUAUGUGGUACCAGAUGCCAGUGUGGUGGCUGACUACCUGGAGGUCCUGGAGUUAAGGGAGCUGCAGGGUAUUGUCUUCACCCAGACCGCCUUCCAGGCUGUGCAGCACAACAAAGGACGCAGGCAGUACAAUCGGCUGAGGGGCCUGCUGAAAGACCCCCGUCACAACUGUGUGCUGUUUGCCAACGAAUUCCAAGAGUACUCCUACUGUCCCCGGGAGAAGGGAGAGAGCCAGGACAAGUGGCAGACCAAGUGUGUGUACAGUGCAGCAGUGUGGUACCAUGACCACCUGGCAGGUCUGAAGCCUAUAGUAAUGAUCACAGAGGACCAGGCUGCAGUGACCCAGUAUAGCAGCCUCAACGCUGGUGUGUAUGUCAUCUCCAUUCAGGAUUAUUUGCAGAACUUCUGGCCAGACCUGCAGGCAGCCCAUGAGCUGUAUAGCUCCAUUUCCCAGGCACUACAAGAAAAAGGGAGCGAGGGCACAGAGAGGGAGUAUGCUGAACAUCUGCCUGCUGAAGUCCUGGAGGCUGGAAUCAAGUCUGGACGAUAUGUCCAGGGUAUCCUGAAUGUCAACAAACACCGGGCACAGUGUGAGGCUUUCAUCAGGAUAGAGGGCUCCACUAACAAGAACACAGACCUGAACAGUGACGUGUUGGUGUGUGGUGUUAAGAAUCGUAACAGAGCUGUGCACGGAGAUGGGGUUGUAGUGGAGUUAUUUCCAAAGAGUGAGUGGAGAGGGAAGACCACAGCCCUGACUGAGGGCCAGGGGGAGGAAAAGACUGGAGAGGAGGCCCAGAGUCAGCCCAUGCCUACAGGCCGUGUUGUGGGGAUCCUGCAGAGGAACUGGAGGGACUACGUGGUGACAUUUCCCCCCAGGGAGGAGACGCAGUCCCAGAGCAGGAACUCCCAGCGCAUCCUGGUCGUGCCCUGGGACCAGUGCAUCCCCAAGAUCCGAAUUAGCACUCAGCAGGCUGAUGCUCUGCAGGACCACAGAGUGGUGGUGCGCAUUGACUCAUGGGAAAGCACAUCGCUGUACCCCAACGGCCACAGUGUCCGGGUGCUGGGUCGGGCUGGGGAGCUGGAGACGGAAAUCCAGACCAUCCUCAUUGAGAACUGCAUCCACGUGCCUCCCUUCUCUGAGGCCCAGCUGAGAGAGAUGCCAGUUAUCUCUCCUGAGAAGCCAUGGAGGGUGGACCCUGGCCAGGUGGUGGUGCGGCGGGACCUCAGGGACACUCAUCUGGUGUUCAGUAUCGACCCACGGGGCUGUGAGGAUGUGGAUGACACGCUGUCUGUGCACACCCUCCCAGGCGGGGAGGUGCUCGAGCUGGGCGUUCACAUCGCUGAUGUCACCCACUUCGUAGCUGAAGGCUCACUCACUGACUUGGAGGCACGUGCUCGGGCUACUACCUAUUAUUUGGCAGAUCGCAGGUAUGACAUGUUGCCUGCUGUUCUCAGUGCAAACCUUUGCUCUCUGCUGGGAGGAGUAGACAGGUAUGCUAUGAGUGUGCUUUGGGAGCUGGAUGCACGCACCCUAGCUGUUAAGAAGGUGUGGUAUGGUCGCACCCUCAUUCGCUCCUCCUAUCAGCUCCACUAUGAGCUAGCCCAGGCCCUCCUCAAGGGAGAGAAUGCAGAGGUGCCAGAGCUGACCCAGCUCGGCACUGAGGAGAAGGAUGCAAAGCUGGCCCAGCUCACCCAGGCUCUGGAGAUGCUCACACACGUAGCGAGGCACCUCCGGGCUAAGAGAGACAGAGAGGGCGCCCUGGAGCUGGAGGGGGUGGAGGUACGCGCCCAGCUGGAUGAGGAAAAGAACAUCACAGCCCUGGUGCCCCGGCAGCCCCUGGAGAUUCACGAAACAGUUGCCGAGUGCAUGAUUUAUGCCAACCACUGGGUGGCGCGCAAAAUCCAGGAGAGUUUCCCUCAGCAGGCGCUGCUGCGCCAUCACCCGCCACCACGCCAGGAGUUCUUCUGCCAGCUGGUGGACAGCGCCAAGGCCCGGGGGUUCACCAUCAGUACAAGGUCUAACAAGGCUUUAGCUGACUCUCUGGAGCAGGCUGUGGACCCCCAGGACCCCCUGGUGAACAAGCUGCUUAGAGUGAUGGCCACCCAGGCCAUGUCAAACGCUCUGUACUUCUCCACCGGUGCCUGCUCACAAGACCAAUACUACCACUAUGGUCUGGCUCUGGACCGCUACACACACUUCACCUCACCCAUCCGCCGCUACGCCGAUAUGGUGGUCCACCGCCUCCUUACUGCGGCCAUCAACCUGGAAAAUGCAGCAGGACAUAGCAAACCGUCAGCCAGUAACAAAGAGCUCGAAGAAAUGGCUCAGCAUAUCAACAACAAGAACAGGGCAGCCCAGCAGGCCCAGCGCUUGUCUACAGAGUUGUUCCAGUGUCUCUACUUUAAAGACAAAGACCCUCAGGUGGACCAGUGCUGCGUGGCUGAUGCUGUCAUCUACGCCAUCCGAGCCAACGGCAUGCUGGUGUUCAUCCCACAGUACGGCCUGAAGGGGGCGGUGUACCUGAGGAACCGGGAGGGCCAGGUGGUGACUGUGGGACAGGAUGGCAGCUGUGAGUGGCAAAGCGGCUCUGUGCAAAGAUACCCGGAGCGCAUCAGCACCACCUGCAGCCGUGGCACCUCCACUUUCAGCCUGUUUGACCACAUCACUGUCCGUAUUUCUGUGCAGGCAUCUCGCUACCACUCAGUCAGUCUCCACAUGGAGGUGAUCAGCAAUAAGCCCCACCAGAAUGCUGAGCAGCAGCCCCCUCAGCUGCAGGGCCGCAGCCAGCUGGUCCAGGAGGUGGUGCGUCUGGCCGAGGAGCAGGCCCACGACAAGGCAGCACGAGGCCCCAAAUUCUCCAAAGAAGAGAGAGAGUUUUGCCAGAGCAAAAGCCCUAAUCUGUACUCUCUCCUAGAGGAAGUUCGAGAGCUGGCCUUGAUUGAGCAGUCUCCCUGUGGCGGGGCAGAAAGGGGCCUAGGAAUGGUUGCACAGGUCUGUGCUACAUCAGCAUAGAGCACAUUCAAAAUGAGGGGGCAGUUACAGAGACCUGAGAGAAAAAAAGCCAAACCAUGGCCAUUGACAGCUGGGAGACAGCAGUAAAGAGUUUACAGUACAGGCCAUACAGUGCAGGCAUGCUGAGCACUUGCUAAACAGAGUAGAAUAUGGGGCUAAAUGCUAUAAAAUGAUCACAUUUGAUUUCAAAUACUGAUCAGUAACUGGACUUUUACUGUCAUUGUUACACAGCCCAAUAUCUAUAAUGAAGACAGAAUAAUAAGGUGACGUGAAAUUCAUGGUUGUUAAAUGACAGCAAUUUCAGAAGAUUUUCUCUAAUUUUUGACUAUGUGGUGUUGAGCGGUUGUAUAACGAGGAGAAAAAAACCUUUUUCCCCAACGGUUUCAGAUUUCACUUAUGUAAACAAAUGAAAUCUGUCUUGGACUCAAUGCUGCACACGUAAAUGCUUCCACAGUUGCAGUAAAACAAACUCCAUGUAAACACAUACAAAUACGUGUUCCUAACUCUGUUUGGCCAAGAUUUAAUGCUCACAGGUUAUUGUAUUAUAUAGAUGCAGCUGUGAAAUUUCCCAUGGAAAAUCAGUAGAUACCAUCAACAAUAGAUCACACAAAUCUGCAUCAGAGAAUCCUUGUAAAAUAUAACAGUUUUUAAAAUGAUAUUUGUACCAUUCAGCCAGCAUGCUCUUUUUCAGAAUAAUCUUGCUAAACCCAUACAUAUCCAGUCCAGGAAAAUGGCCAAGGUUUGAUACACUGGAGCAGGCAAGUGUGAAGUGCUUUCCUAAAGCAAACACUAACCAUUGAAAAGAGUGACACCCUUUCACAAUGCACAAUUGCCUGUGUAUUGUUGCAGCUGACACAAGGUUUAGGACAGACUGGUUAUCAAGAAAAUGGUCCAAGAAGAACUGAAAGUAAAAAGGUGAUGUGAUUACAGUCGUUCAUCUAGUCACUGAUGAUAAUGUCCAAGGGAAGUAAACACUUGUUGGUGAAAGUAAUUGAUCCGACAAGAGUGUAGACACUGAUGUAUUACAUGACACAGCACUGAGAACCAGAAUUAUCUAUUUUGUAAGAUGAUGUGACACAAGUAAAAUCAAUAUUAUCUGGUAUACACUGUAGCUUUUUUUUUCUUUUGGAGUUGAAUGUUGCUUUUUAAAAUCAUUGAAGUAUAACAUUUUCUACAAUGUACAAUAGUUAAAAAUGACCAAAUUAGAUUAUUGCUUUUUGGUAAUAUACCAAUAAACUUGAAAGUGGGCCUGAA